UCUAGGUCUAGAAUCUAGAUGUGUAGCCACAAGAUUUUCCCAGGUUCCAGACUCUUUCAACUAUGUAAUUAACAUUCCCCAAUUUUUAUGUAUACAAUUUUUUCUUUUUCUUUUUUCUUGUUUUGUUUUAUAAAAGUUUGAAACUUUGUGUUCACUUGAACCUGUUUGUGUUUCUGGGUGUUGACCAUAACUGCAGAUUUAGAGUCUGUAAUGGGGUAAUCUUAAUCUGUAUGAUGAGCGAGUUAAGAGUAAACUGAGUGCGUGAGUGACCUGUGACAGCUGUUGAAGUGCUGUUAGAGGGGUAAAGAUCCUUGCUUUCGAGUUUUAAAAGGUGCUUAUUUUUGAUUCCAUAACAUCUGGCAAAUUUUUGUAUAAAAAAAAAAAAAAACACAAAAUUUCUCUAUUUUUAAACCCUUGGUUGUCUGCAUACCAAGAUUCCAUCCAGGAAGGCAGUUCACUGACUUGCAGAGCUUUAUAUUGCAAAGAUUAGCCCGAGACAAGGUGAUUGAUUCAUUGGUGAAGAGAUGAAUUCCGGAGCUGUGCUUGUAGCAAUCGCUGCUUCGAUUGGCAACUUUCUGCAAGGAUGGGAUAAUGCUACAAUUGCUGGAGCGAUUGUGUACAUCAAGGAGGACCUUCAUCUGGGAAAUACUGUAGAAGGUCUUGUUGUGGCUAUGUCACUCAUUGGAGCCACUGCCAUCACAACAUGUUCUGGAGCCAUAUCAGAUUGGCUUGGUCGACGGCCAUUGCUAAUAGUGUCUUCGAUUCUUUAUUUCAUUAGUGGUUUGAUAAUGUUCUGGUCUCCUAAUGUCUAUGUUUUAUGCAUGGCAAGGCUAUUAGAUGGCUUUGGAAUUGGUCUGGCGGUUACUCUUGUCCCAAUAUAUAUAUCUGAGACUGCCCCGCCACAGAUAAGGGGAUUGUUAAAUACUCUUCCUCAAUUCACUGGUUCUGGUGGAAUGUUCUUAUCAUAUUGUAUGAUUUUAGGAAUGUCCUUUAUGGCCUCGCCAAGUUGGAGACUGAUGCUUGGUGUUCUCUCAAUACCUUCUCUUCUCUACAUUGUCUUGACAAUUUUUUAUUUGCCUGAAUCUCCUCGGUGGCUUGUGAGUAAAGGAAAGAUGCUUGAGGCAAAACAUGUUCUUCAGAGAUUACGUGGCAGGGAAGAUGUUUCAGGUGAGAUGGCUUUGCUUGUUGAAGGUCUUGGGAUUGGGGGUGAAACUUCUAUAGAAGAGUACAUAAUAGGCACAACUGAUGAAAUUGCUGAUGGUGAAGAACCGACUGAUGACAAAGACAAAAUCAAAUUAUAUGGACCUGAGGAAGGCCUCUCUUGGGUUGCCAAGCCUGUCACCGGACAGAGUAUGUUUGGUAGCAUUGCCUCUCGCCAGGGAAGUAUGGUGAACCAGAGUGUACCUCUUAUGGAUCCCCUUGUAACAUUAUUUGGUAGUGUUCACGAAAAGCUCCCAGAGACAGGAAGCACACGCAGCAUGCUUUUUCCUAAUUUUGGAAGUAUGUUCAGUACUGCAGAGCCUCAUGUCAAGGAUGAGCAGUGGGAUGAAGAGAGCCAAAUGGGAGGUGAGGACUAUGCAACAGAGGCUGCUGGGGGGGACUCUGAUGACAAUUUGCAUAGCCCAUUAAUUUCACGUCAAACAACCAGUGUGGACAAGGACAUGGUUCCUCCUGCUUCUCAUGGCAGUGUUAUGAGCAUGAGACGCCAUGGCACUCUUGUGCAAGAAAGUGAGGAGCCAGGUAGUAGUACAGGCAUUGGUGGUGGUUGGCAGUUAGCAUGGAAAUGGUCUGAGAGAGAAGGUGAGGAUGGAAAGAAGGAAGGAGGAUUUAAGAGAAUUUAUUUGCACCAGGAGGGAGGCCCUGGAACUCGUCGUGGGUCUCUUGUUUCACUUACAGGUAAUGAUGCUCCUGCUGAAGGUGAGUACAUCCAAGCUGCUGGUCUGGUAAGCCAGCCUGCUCUUUAUUCCAAGGAGCUUCUGGAUCAGCAUCCUGUUGGACCUGCAAUGGUUCAUCCAUCAGAAACUGCUGGAAAAGGACCACUUUGGGAAGCUCUUAAUGACCCAGGAGUUCGGCGUGCCUUGUUGGUUGGGGUUGGAAUCCAGUUACUUCAGCAGUUUUCUGGAAUAAAUGGAGUUCUCUACUACACCCCACAAAUUCUCGAAGACGCAGGUGUUGAAGUUCUUCUUGAAGGCUUGGGCCUUAGUUCAACUUCUGCAUCAUUCCUUAUUAGUGCAUUCACAACUUUUCUGAUGCUUCCUUGCAUUGGUGUGGGCAUGAAGCUCAUGGAUAUCUCAGGCAGAAGGCGGCUGCUACUUACCACAAUUCCUGUGCUCAUUGUGUCUCUUGUCAUUCUAGUCUUUAGUGAACUUGCGGACAUAGGCGAAGUUGUGAGUGCAGCAAUCUCGACUGCUUGUGUCAUCAUCUACUUUUGCUGCUUUGUCACAGCAUAUGGACCAAUUCCUAAUAUCCUCUGCUCUGAGAUCUUCCCUACAAGGGUUCGUGGCCUCUGCAUUGCCAUCUGUGCUUUAGUCUACUGGAUCUGUGAUAUCAUUGUCACCUACACCCUGCCUGACUUGCUCAGUUCGAUGGGCCUAGCUGGCAUCUUUGGCAUUUAUGCUGUUUUCUGCUUCAUCUCUUGGUUCUUCGUCUUCUUGAAGGUUCCAGAGACCAAGGGCAUGCCCCUUGAAGUCAUCACCGAGUUCUUUGCUAUUGGUGCAAGACAAGCGGACGCGAAGAGUGAGUGAUUUGCUGCGUUGAACCUAGACGUCCCCAACAUCAGUUUGGAAAAUUUUGCACAUUAUUGUUGCAUAAAAAAUGAGUCAUCUUCAGGUUCAAAUGUAUCAAACUAUAAUUUUUUUUUCUGUUUCCUUUAAUUUUUUAUUCUUAGCAUACCAGUUAAAUUACGUGCGUGGAAGAACUAGUUGAGUGUUGUUAUAUCAAUCCUCUUCGUAAGAAGAUUUGCUCAGAUUUGAUGUGAUAUUGUAUUGCUUUUUGCUUAGAAAGAAGCUACUCUUGAUAAUGCAGAUGCAGGCACUGUUUAUCAUAAACAACCGGUUGGCCUUUUAGUUGGCCAAAAGAAAUCAGUUAACCCUUU